UUUUAAGAGAAAAAAAACUUCGCGAAGAAAAGUCGAGUGACGCCAGGCGGUGAGCAGGCAGAAAGCAUCGCUAACGGACCAACCAGAACUCCGUACAGGAACAGGAAUAGCGCGACAGAAGUUUGCAUGAUUUGCAGAGACGAUCCUCACCGCCUAAAAAAAAUGUAGAUUUUCGGCGGCAUUUUUUCUGGAAUUGUCGGCGAAGGAACUGUAUCUGCGUUGGUUUGAUUCGUUUUCUGUCGGAAAUUUUUUUGUUAAUUCUUUUGUUGAAAAGUUCAUUUCUGCUAUUCUUCUUUUGAUACCCCUUAAUAUCCGUUGUCUAGACCGGAUACCUUGUACUCGUCGCUGUUUCUAUUCGAUUUUUGGAUAAUCCAACAGACAAAAUGGUUGACGCUCCUGAAAUCCCGCAGCCGCAGCAAGAAACUCCCGGGAGAUCCCCCUUCCAGAAUGGUGUGAGAACGAACGGUCGUGCUUUCAACUCUCCCAAUUGGCGUAUGAAGGGAGAAGAAAGCCCCAGUGUGGAGGGUCAGGGUUCUCCUAAGCCCAGGACAAGCACCUCCAGACUGGCUUUCAGCAGACCAAGCCCACACGUCCCCCAUGCUAUCUCCGAGGGCCGACGUCUCUAUGUCGGCAACAUGCCCUAUACUGCCAAGUCUGAGGAUGUGGAAGCCCUGUUUACGGCGGCGGAAUUCCCCAUCGAGCGUAUCGACAUUGCGAUCGAUCCUUUCACGGGCCGCAACCCCUCCUACUGCUUCGUUGACCUGCCGACAAAGGAGCUCGCUGAUCGGGCAAUGGUCGAGUUGGACGGCCAUGACAUGCUUGGUCGCCCUGUCAAGAUUAAGCCCGGUGUGGUGAAGUCUCAGCAACAGCGCAUGGACGGAGAGAAGGGUUCGCUAUUUUCCGUCGACCGCUGGAGGCGAAAUGACACUCCCACUUUCGCCAAGGUGAACAGUGACUCGAGCCGCCGUCUGUACGUUGGCGGUCUGCCCAAAUUGACCGACCACGAAGCUCUCAGCAUCAAUAUCAACAACUUCUUCAAAGAUUACGAGGUUGAGAACGUCAGCAAGCUGUUUACCCCUCACCCCUCCAAGCGAUUCGAACCCGGUGACCACUACUACCUCUUUGUCGACUUCAGCACCGUCGAAGAGGCCCAAGAGGCCAUGAACACUAUGAAUGGCAAGGAGGGUCCCUGGGGCGCCAACCUUAGGGUCCAACGGGCCCGGGGAGAGACAUGGAGGGACGAGAGAAGCAAGAUGCCUUCUACCGAGACGACUGAGAUCCCUGUUGCCGACGAAGUUUCCGUAUAAAAUACCUUGAGUGGUUGCCGAUUUUACGCAUACCAACGGUUUUGACAGGAUAAACACAAAAGCAAAAAAAGUUAUGGGUUGUCACUUUUCCAACAGGAUGGCAUUCCUGUGUGUUGCUGCAAAAAGAACUACAGAUAUUGUAAUCUGAUAUUCG